AAAACAACGUUUUAAAAUAAUAUUUUCAUAACUAGAAGCAAAUUUACUUGAAAAAAAAAACAUACUCGUAAGAAGUAUGCUAACAUAUUUCUACUUAACUUAAGCAAAACAUACACAAAACUUUAUAAAAAUGUUGCGAAACAGCAAAGCUAUCGUUAAUUGUUGGCUUUAUCCAACCACUAUGUUAAAAACGAAUAUUCAAUCCAUAAUUUCUUUACGAAAAUUAAGUUCAUCACAAAAUACAAGCAUAAAAGGAAGUUAUGAUGUUAUAAUUGCUGGCGGUGGCAUGGUUGGAUGUACUUUAGCAUGUGCAAUGGGUAAGAAAGCUUUACUUUCAAACUUGAAAGUAUUAUUACUUGAAGGUAGCCCUAGUCAAAGAUUUGAACUGAAACAAGAGUACAGUAAUAGAGUGGUAGCAUUGAAUCAAAAUACAAAAUCGUUAAUGAAGUCACUGCAAGUUUGGGAGCAUGUAGAAAAAAUGCGGCUUCAACCAGUCAGAUACAUGCAGGUUUGGGAUGCAUGUUCAGAUGCCUUAAUAUCAUUCAGCAGUUCUGACAUACUUGAUGAUGAUGUGGCAUACAUAGUUGAAAAUGAUGUUUUGCUGCAUGCUAUUGACAAAGAAUUGAAGACCUCAGAUGUCAAGAAUGUGGAAAUAGUUUAUGGAGCUAAAAUUGCUGGUUAUGAAUUACCACAAAUAAAUAGUCAGAAUUCGGAAAGUAUAGUUAAAAUGAGUAAUGGAGAUACCUACAAGUGCCAGUUAUUGAUCGGUGCUGAUGGUGCAAAUUCAGCGGUUCGCAAAGCGAUGGGCGUGCAGUACCUAUCAUGGAACUAUGAUCAGAUGGGGGUCGUGGCUACAUUACAUUUGGCUGAGGAGACAGAAAACACAACGGCGUGGCAACGAUUCCUGCCGACGGGACCCGUGGCGUUCCUGCCGCUCGACUCCAAGCGCAGCUCACUGGUCUGGUCCACGACGCAUGCGCACGCCAAAGAACUCCUCAAACUACCCGACGAACAGUUCGUUGACGCACUCAACGAUGCUAUGUGGAAGCAGUACCCGCGGCGCGGUGCUGUAGACGCAUGUACCAUGUGGGUGGGUGGGCUGCUGCGGCGUGCGGGGUUGCCAGACGGCGCGGAGCGUCAGCUGCCACCCUCCGUGCGGGCCAUCGCGCCAGCCUCGCGCGCUGCAUUCCCCUUCGCCUUCGGGCACAGCACCAAGUACAUCGCUCCUGGAGUUCUACUAGUCGGUGACGCGGCACAUCGCGUACAUCCUCUGGCGGGUCAGGGUGUCAACCUUGGCUUCGGUGAUGUCAAGGACCUGACAGACUUGUUAGCGGAUGCCUUGUACACCGGAUUAGAUAUUUCACACCACAGCUGGUUGCAAAGUUACGAGAGUCUCCGACAGCGUCACAAUGUGCCAACACAGCUGGCUAUAGAUGCGCUAUACAGACUUUACAGCUUGGACAUCGCACCUCUCGUGCUGGUCAGAAGCCUUGGCCUUCAGCUCACCAACGCUUUUCAUCCUAUUAAAAAACUGAUCAUGUCUCACGCGACUACGUAGCAAAUGGAAUCCAUAAAGUUUUAAAUUAAAAUAAGGAUUUGUUAUAUGGUUCCCGAGAUAGA